ACUCUUAUAUCAUUUCAUGAGAAGCUAAUGGCUGCAAGACUACAGAAGCACAGAUUUCAAGACAUUUUCCCUCGAUCUUCUCCUUCCGAUUUCCUCUGGGAAAAAAUGUGUGGGCUCUUCUUUGUCCUGGUGACGUGCACAGUGGGUGCAUCUGCUUUCAGACUUCAGCAAGUCAAAAGCACAGAAAACUGCCCAGACCACACUGUGUUUUUCAAACAUUACUAUGAACUGCAUGGACAACCUGUGAUUCUGAAAUGCCCUUCCCCCAGAUACAAACAUUUGGAUUUUUCUGCCUUGACCCCUAAUAUCACAUGGUAUAAAAAUGGUUCAAAAACCAUGAUAUCAGGACAAGAUGAACAUCCGAGAAUCUGGGCAAAAGGAGAUGCACUCUGGUUUUUACCAGCAAUUCUAGAAGACUCAGGAGUAUACAUCUGUACCAGAAGGAACUCCUCCUACUGCGCCGAGGUCUCCAUCCACCUCACGGUUGUGGAGAAAAGAGCUGCUCAUGAGAUUGCCUAUCCCCAGGUCCUCUUCACUUUCACCUCUGGAAAGAUUGUUUGCCCUGAACUGUGGGAUUAUACACCAAAUAGGACAAGCCUGGAGCUCAAGUGGUACAAGGAUGCUCUGCCUUUGGAAGACAAUGAAAAAUUUGUAAUUCUGAAAGGUUCGACUUCUCUGAUCAUGACUUCUGUACUACCAACAGACACUGGCUAUUAUACCUGCAAGAUGUCAUUUCCAUUUGAAGGUGUAAUGUAUGAAAUCACCCGAACAAUUCAUCUGAAGACUGUUGAACGAGAAAAGAGAAUUACCCCAAUAAUUGUGUAUCCAACACAAAAGACGACUUCGGCUGCUCUUGGCUCCAAGAUGACUCUCCCAUGCAAAGUGUUUGUUGGACUGAGCAGCCACAUCCACACUGAUGUGGAAUGGCUAGCAAAUGACACCAUCGUCGAUGUGGUUUACAAGAAAAGCAGAGUUACACAGGGAGAACGACAAGAAAUUGUAGAAAAUGGUGAAAACUUCAUUGAAGUGCCACUGAUUUUUGAUUCUGUCGAAGAGGUGGAUUUUUACACAGACUUUAUGUGUCUGGCCCAGAACAGAUAUGGAUACCAAGUACUGCCAACAAGGGUCAAGCAGGAAGCUGUCGGCUUGUCCUGGUACAUUGCAAUGAUUCCUGUCACAUUGGCCUGCGUGAUCUUGGUGGGGAUAUACAUACACAAGUGCUGGAAGCAGAGAGCUGACAAAGGAUACACAAUAGCAAAGGUUUAAAAUCUGCUUUAUUCUCCUAUCGCCAGCAGAACAAAAAUAUCAUCUUGACUAUCUUUCAUGUGAGACACAGAGACAUUUCAGACCAGACAUACUGCUUUCCCAGCAGAUGGAGAUAUAUAUCAGCUAUUUUCCUCUUCUCCAAGUCUUCUCCGAUCUGAUGAAGUAUUAUAAGUUAGGAUUUUUAUGCUGCCUAGAUGCAGAAAACCUGCUUCUAUUAUUUUGCAAGUAGGGUGAAAACUGUAGCACUUUGGAACACAGGAUAGCAGGAAUGUGCCCUGAAUGUAAGAAGAGUAGGGAAAGGGAGGUGCUCUCUCCCUUUGUAAUUCCAAUAGUCUUAUUGUUCAAAACAAAAUGGAAAAGACCCCCCCUAAAAUCUAAAAGUUAGAAGUUAAAAAAGAUUGCUAUAAGAGGACUAUUCCAAACCAGAGUGAAAAUGCAGUUUUCUUACACAUCCAAACUCAUUUUAUUUUACUUCAGUCUAAAAAGAGCCAGUGUUUUCCCUUUUCCAAAGCCAAACACAGUUGUCAUAGCAACUGUAUAUCUAUGAACUUUUCCACAGAAGAUCUCAAUUUUUUCACCAUUUGGAUUAUUCUUUGCUUAAAUGGACUGUCUCAGAAUAUCCCUCCCCCAGACAUAACUACAUUGGUGUAAAAGAUAAUUGUACGCUGGAGAAUUCAGUUCUUUCCUAUCUACCAAUAUCUCAUAGCUAGAGAUUUAUAGGCAGCUGUAGCAUGUUGUUAUCUUUGACAAGAAAAUAAUUUGGAGUCAUGUUUUAGUUUUUUGAGAGUUAUUUGACUAACACAAAAUUUUAUUCCUGGAAAUGACUGGACAGAUUACGAGUUACAAUGUACAGUCUUGCCCUUCUGUGACUCUAACCCUUUCCAUGACUGGCCUGAUUCUCCUCUCAUAUUGCUAUGAGUGUAAAAGACUGGCAUAGAUUCUCAUAAGCAAUGAGUCUGCAUUGGUCUAAAGCUGGUGCAGCUUCAGGAACCUUGUGUCCUUUAAAUUGAAGUAUGCAAAUUGAUUACUCAUGAUGCAAAAUGCUGCCCAUUAGGUUAAUCUAACUGGAUCCCAGUCUUGACAAAAAUCAGAAGGAAGCAAUAAAUAAUCAGUGGCCAUGUUGUAAUUGGAGGAUCAGAAUGAGUAGAAUGACCUGGUUACUUCCACUGCCAAGAGAUAAUACUUACGAUAGCUGAGAAGUAGUUCCAUCAUAUAUAAUGUUCACUAUCUUCAUCUGUACAGGAGGGGAAGAGAUCCAGUCUUAAGGUCUAGAUUGUUACAGACCCAUAACUGACACCUCUCACAGAUACCAAAGAUAAAGUUCAGUAAAUCACCCCAGAGGUUUUUCAAACACUGUAGGAAAAGAAAUAAUCAGGAAAAAUGCUGGCUCCAAAGCAAAAAAAUGUAAAGUUAGAAUGUUAGAACUGCAUCUGGCAUCACAAACUAAGGAAAUGAACAACUCGCAUCCAUCUGGAAGAGGACAAGGACGUAAUCUAAUUCCUUUCCACCAUCUCUUAUAGAUGGUUCUGAGUUGAGCCCAAUAAAUAUCUGGAAGGAUUUUAAAGACUAGGAUGUGACUUGAAUUAAGAAACACUUUGAUCUAUUAGAAAGAACCUUCACUUUUUACAAGAUUUAAGUCAAAGUCUCCCUUUAAAUAUUCUAAAUGUUUGCUGUGAAGAUACAGGUACAGAGAUUAGAUUUCUGACACAAUAUGAGUCAAUGUCAGCCAAAGAAGACCACAAGACUUACUGUUUCCAAGUGCAGGGUAUUAAAGAUGAUAGCAAAGAAUACAUAUGUUUUAUGGGCAGUUGGGAAAAAGGUUGUUGCAAGUGAGGAAAACAGUCAAUCCACUUGACUAUCAGUUCUUUGAAGGAAGAAAACUGUAGAUGAACUGAUCGUUGCUGGAAGAAACAUAAAAAAUGUUUUAGGUAUGUCGAGAAUGAUCAUUUUUAUGAAGAAAUUGCUAGUCUGUAGCUAGACAACAACCUAGACUUGCCAGUAAGUGUAACCUUUCAAAAUGUGAUUUGUUCUUCCUAUCCAUCUGUAUCCUCCAAGAAUAGUGUGAUCACACAUCUGGCUGUAGGCGUGGGAUUGGAUUUCACUAAGUAGUGGAAAAGAAGUAGAACUUCUGGUAUAUGGGGGUAUUGGUGCCAUGAGAAAGUGAAAUACCUCAGAUCCUUCUCCAAACUAGAGAAAGGGAAAAAAUGUGAAUGUGAGAUAAAAGUUAGGCAUACAGAGAGCUCAUGUUACAUACUCAGUGGUGUCUUGAAUACAAGGGAAACAUAAAGAAACACACGUUUAUAUUUUAUGAAGUGAUAUUUCCAUCUCUGAUUACUGUGUAGUAAUAUUCUGAAGGCUUUCAUCAUAGAUAGACUUGUUCAAGUGAACUACAUAGUGUAAAAGUUUUACAGGUAUACUUGAACAAGUGACCUACAUAAUGUAAAUGUUUUACAUAGAUUUGUAUUUUUAUAAA